ACAACAAAUCCGUCGAGAUGGCCACCCUGGUCGCAUAACUUCAGCACUUGUCAAUCUGACAGGUCUAGAUAUAAGCAUAUAGUUGAAUGACAAAUCAAAAUGUCAAAACCUUUCCUAUUAGAUAAUGUGCCACGCUACAAGAAACAUUGAAUUCGCCGAUACAACUAUAUUUUCUCUUUGAAUUAUUGCCUAAAUUAUAGUGAGUUUGAGUAUCUUUUCUCUAUUAUGUUGCUAAAUAUAUAUUUCACUUUCAGUGCCAUACAGUUGUAAAAAACAGAGUUCUUUGGUCAGCUAUUAAAACUAAAAAUUAUAGAAAACACUGAAAAUUUUGAAGCAUCGCUGGAUUAAAGUGCUAUCAAAAAUCAGUUAGUUUUUCUUCUCCGCUGAUCGAAAGAACAAACUUCAAAAUUUUCAAUGUCGGAACCACAUACACCGGAGGUUGAGGUCGAACCAGCCUGUAACUACGCAGCAUGCGAGCACCCGGACAAAGCAGGAGAAUUCGUUCAGUGCGAUAAAUGUGGUUCGUGGUGGCACUUUACUUGCGCCGGUGUCACCGGAUCCAUCGCGGACAGAGCUUGGUCAUGCUCGAAGUGCACCACAACAUCAAUUAUCUCUCCGGGUGGUGAAGGCUCUGCAAGUGUUUUAGCUCGAAACCUAACCCUGCUCAGAGAACGGCACGAGCGCGAGAAGAAAAGGAUGGAGCUAGAGUUGCAACGGAAGUUCCUCGACGAACAACAGCGCUUAUUGGACAUAUCGGCGGCAGAAGAUGUCGGAAGUACAGGUUCUAGGGUGUUAAACGACUGGUUAAACGGUCAUGAAGGAGAAGAAGGCGCGGUAGGAGGUACAGCAAACCCGCCAGCAGCCUCUCAAAUUCAGCCACCAGGGAUUCCCAAAGAACCAGAUGCAGUGCAGGUGAUCAAGGAUUUGCAGGCGCAGCUCGCCUACUAUCAGCGCGCGUCUGUGAUGCCACCACCGCCUCAAAACCAACUAAGCGAGUUAAAUCGUCAGCUAGAACUCUGUAGGGCACAGCUAGAAAAACUCAACAUUCCCGAUUCGCGCCCAGUUGCAGGAAGGCCGAAUGCUACAUCUACGCCACCGUUCAACGACCCAUGUGUUCCGUUUAAUUCUGAACGGCCGUUACAGCUGCCACGGUUAUUUUCGCAAGGAGCUGUUCCCAAGCAUAUUCCCCGACAAGCGGUAAGUAGGCCCGAACCAGUAGCGCUAGACAGCUCGGUGCCGCCUGCUUUCGCCGAACCGCGGCGCCCUCCGGUAGCGCAUCCAGUCAAUUCAAGCGGCAUAGAAGGUUCCAACUAUUCCGUUGGAAACCCACAGUAUCGUAGGCUCGGGAACUACGUACCACCAAAUGUAGGCCCAACUCAGCAGCAACUCGCGGCUCGUCAAUCGCUCGGGCGCGACCUUCCGGUGUUUUCAGGAAACCCCGCUGACUGGCCGAUAUUUGUAUCGAACUACAAUUACACCACUGCCGCUUGCGGAUUCACCGAUGGGGAGAAUAUGCUUCGGUUGCAAAGGUGUCUCAAAGGCGCCGCGUUAGAGAGCGUCCGAAGUCGGUUGAUAUUGCCAGCAGCAACUCCUCAAGUCAUCGAAACGCUCAGGAUGCGUUAUGGGCGACCAGAACUUUUGAUUAACGCUCUACUCGAAAAGGUUCGAUCAAUCCCGGCGCCGAGGUCGGAUAGACUGGACGGACUCAUCGAGUUCGGCGUAGCGGUACAAUCAUUGUGUGACCAUAUAGAGGCUGCCAACGAACACGACCACUUGUCGAACCCGUCGCUCGUGCAGGAGCUAGUGUCGAAACUGCCUGCCGAUCAAAAACUGAUGUGGGCUGGAUACAAACGUGGUGUUCCGAUAGUGAACUUGAAGACAUUCAGCGACUACAUGAUGGAGGUGGUUGAAGAUGCAUCCAGCGUGAUUUCGUUCGAGCCAGAAGUUCGGAAACCAGCUAAGAAGGUCACGUCGAAGGGCUUCAUAAAUUCACACAAUGCUGACGUCCCUGAGGAAGCUUCAGGACCCAAGGUCGCUAAACAAAGAGAAUGUAUGGUUUGCAGCAAAUCGGGUCAUUAUGUGAAGGAAUGUGGUAUCUUCAAAGCGUAUACUGUCGAUGAACGAUGGCGCAAGGUUCGAGCCUUAGGAUUGUGCCAGAAUUGCUUGUUCGGGCACGGAAGGCGCUCUUGCCGAAUUGCAAGCCGGUGUAAUGUCGAUGGAUGCCAGUUACGUCACCACUCUUUGCUACAUUCGGCGCAGCGCCCGACCCAAGUCGUUGAAAACCAUACCCACCAGCUGAUGGGUUCGAAGGUGCUUUUCCGGAUUAUUCCGGUGACUUUGCACGGUCCGGCUGGAGCAAUAGACACAUUUGCCUUUUUGGAUGAAGGAUCGUCCCUCACUUUGAUUGAAAGUGAACUGGCAAACCAACUCGGCGUACAUGGACAUUCGCGGUCAUUGUGUCUUCGUUGGACUGGCAAUACAUCUAGAGUCGAACAUAAAUCCCAAGCAGUGACCGCCGUCAUAUCCGGAAGUAGCAUGAAACAACGCUAUACACUGCGGGACGCACAAACGGUGGAGUCCCUCAAUCUCCCAACACAAAGUUUUCUGUUUGAUGAGGCGUUGAGACAAUUCGGGCAUCUUAAAGGGCUCCCGAUACAAAGCUACCAUAACGCGAAGCCGAAGAUUUUGAUAGGCGUUGACAACCUGCGCCUUGCCGUGCCAUUGAGGAUUAAGGAGGGACCUGGCUCCGACCUCAUCGCAACCAAAACGCGUCUAGGGUGGUGUGUGUAUGGUCGUCAACAAGGGAAGACCAGGAGCGAGUAUAGUCUACACAUAUGCGAAUGUUCGUGUGAUGAUAAAUUACAGGAUUCGCUCAAAGAAUUUUACGCCAUAGAGGAGGUUGGCGUGAAACCUCCAGAAACGAUAAUGUCGAACGACGAUCGUCGCGCUUGGGAUUUAAUGAAAACCAUUACCAAGCGCGUUGGAAACCGCUACGAGACGGGCCUUCUUUGGAUUAAGGAUGACAUCGAGUUCCCACAGAGCUACGGAAUGGCAGUUAGAAGACUUCAAUGUCUAGAGCGACGGAUGGAGCGAAAUCCCAAAUUAAAGGAGAACCUACAUCGACAGAUCGCUGAAUAUCAGGAGAAGGCAUAUGCUCACAAGGUCACGCCAGGAGAACUCAGCAAAGUGGAUGCAAAGAAGAUAUGGUUUCUUCCUAUCGGCGCCGUAAUCAACCCCAAAAAACCGGACAAGGUCCGAAUCGUUCUGGAUGCCGCGGCUAAAGUGAAGGGCAUGUCGCUCAACAGCUUUCUUCUAAAGGGUCCUGAUCAGUUAGUUUCACUUCUUGCUGUUUUCUUCAAUUUCCGUCUCUUUGCUGUAGCGGUUACAGCAGAUAUUCGGGAAAUGUUCCACCAGCUGCGAAUACGCCAGGAGGACAAAUAUGCACAAUGCUUUCUAUGGCGAGUUGCGCCUAACGACGAACCGGAAACGUAUGUAAUGGACGUGGCUAUAUUCGGGGCCGCCUGCUCACCAGCAUUGGCCCAGUAUGCCAAGAACACGAACGCCAUAGAACACGCUGAUAGAUUCCCAAGAGCUGCUCAAGGGAUUCUCAAAAGUACGUACGUCGACGACUACUUGGACAGCUUUGGGAGCGUUGAAGAAGCGAAACGGAUCGCCACGGAAGUACGGAUGGUCAACGAACACGGAGGUUUUGAUUUGCGCAACUGGAGAUCCAAUAGUAGAGCUGUCAUGGAGCACAUGGGGGAAACCGAAGUAACCCAUGAACAGAAAAUAUGUCUGUCUGAAGAUCGACGACCGAAUGCCAGUCUGGAAACUGAACGGGUGCUGGGGAUGUUAUGGGACCCGUCGAAGGACCAACUGUUUUUCUGCACACGUAUGAACGACGAAACGACGAGCUUGAUCAACGAAGGUGCUAGGCCGACAAAGCGACAAAUUUUGCGAUGCGUAAUGUCACUUUUCGACCCUCUCGGCCUGCUUUCUCCAUUCGUAAUACAUGGAAAGGUCCUCGUACAAGACCUGUGGAGAGCCGGGUUAGAAUGGGAUGAGCCGGUAGGAGAUGGAGCGUUUGUGCGUUGGCGUAAGUGGAUCGAUGCGAUGGAAUGGGUGGCAACUAUACGAAUUCCACGCUGUUACUUCGCCCUCGCAACCGAGUGCACCUAUUGCAAUGCACAGUUGCACGCGUUCGCAGAUGCGAGCCCGUCCGCUUACUCGUGCGCCGUAUAUUUGAGAAUUGUCGGGCAAGAUGGUAUUGUACAAUGCACGUUGGUAGCCGCAAAAGCGAAGGUGGCACCGUUAAAGCCACUUUCCGUUCCGAGACUGGAGCUCCAAGCGUGCGUUCUUGCUGCUCGUCUAAUAAAGUUCGUCGAAACAAAUCAUCCAAUCGUUGUCGCUAAAAGAUUUUUGUGGACUGAUUCUCGAACGGCGUAUUCUUGGAUUAGAGCAGACCCCCGUAAUUAUCGUCCUUUCGUUGCUCAUCGAGUAGGUGAAAUUUUGGAAACGACGCAAAGUAACGAAUGGCGAUGGCUUCCAUCAGAAGAUAAUCCGGCCGACGAAGCCACGAAAUGGGGAAGCUGUCCCUACAUCAACGCGGACAGUCAGUGGUUCAGCAGUUCCCGGAUAAUGUACCAGCCUGAAGAACAAUGGCCAGACCCUGCGGUGCCCCACGUCGACAUUGAGGAUGAAAUUCGUCCUUGUGUACUGCACCAUGUCGAGGUUCAUCACAUCAUAGAGUACGAACGAUUUUCUAAAUGGGAAAGGCUCCGAAAUACAAUGGUCUACGUUCUACGAUUCAGGAAUAACAUCGACAAGCGGCGCUUGAGGACGGUCGGAUCACCAUCGCAGCAGGAGUUGAAAACCGCUGAAGAAGCGAUUAUAAGGAUGGUACAGCUUGAAGCCUAUCCCGAUGAGGUGGCUAUAAUAGGGAAAAAUAGUUCGCUGCCAAGGGAAAAGCAACAGCAUUUACACAAAUCCAGCUCGAUACAUAAGUUAGUGCCCUUUAUGGACGAAUGUGGCAUCCUUCGGCAAAACAGCAGAAUAGCCGCCGCUGAACAAGCCGCCUUCGGACUUCGCUUUCCUAUGAUCUUGCCGAAACAACACCUCGUCACCAAACUGAUAGUUGAACAUCACCACCGCCGCUUCAGGCAUGCCUUUGCCGAGACAGUGGUAAACGAACUCCGCCAAACCUACGCUAUACCCAAGUUACGAUCCUUAGUGCGUCUCGUGUCACGGGCGUGCCUAAUCUGUCAGCUGAAAAAAUCUCGCCCCGCCGUCCCUCCUAUGGCUCCUUUGCCACCAGCGAGACUAGCUGCUUUCGUACGCCCCUUUAGUUAUGUGGGCGUAGACUAUUUUGGCCCUCUGCUUGUAAAGCUUGGGAGGUCAAAUGCCAAAAGAUGGAUUGCUUUAUUCACAUGCUUAACCGUGAGAGCAAUCCACCUUGAAGUAGCUUUCAACUUAUCGACGGACUCCUGCAUCUCGUGUGUCCGACGCUUUGUGUGCCGUAGAGGUUCGCCGAUCGAGUUCAUUUCCGAUAACGGCACGAAUUUUCGCGGUGCGGACCGAAUAUUGCGUAAUCAGAUCAAUAGUGGACUAACGGCUACCUUCACUAAUUCAUGUACCAAAUGGAGCUUCAAUCCACCAGGGGCGCCCCACAUGGGCGGCGCCUGGGAAAGGCUGGUACGCUCAGUGAAAUCGGGAAUGGAAGGCGCUUACUCGGAGGGCAAACUAGACGACGAAGGGCUCCAGACUCUGAUCCUUGAGAUCGAAAGCAUUGUCAACGGAAGACCGUUGACUUAUCUACCGCUCGAAUCAGCAGAAUCGGAAGCCCUCACUCCUAAUCAUUUUUUGUUGGGCAGUUCCAUGGGGACUAAGGUACCUUCGGUGGAAAUACCAACUGCGCUACAAGUGCGGGGUUCCUACGAUAUGAUUCAGCGCCAAUUGAACCAUUUUUGGGUGCGCUGGGUGAAAGAGUAUCUGCCGGUGAUCAGAAGGCAACCAAAGUGGUUUUUGGAAACCAAGCCUGUACGGAAGGGUGAUCUAGUACUUAUCGCCGACGAAGGAUCAAGAAAUGGCUGGAUACGAGGAAUGGUCCAAGAGGUUACGGAGGGCAUCGAUGGACGAAUACGCCAAGCGACGGUGAAGACUUCGAGCGGAAUCCUACGUAGGCCAGUAUCGAAACUCGCCGUUUUGGAUGUAAUCAACGGAAGUGCAGUCUCGGAGGAUGUCCAGAUGCACUCGGGGGAGGAUGUGGACAACAAAUCCGUCGAGAUGGCCACCCUGGUCGCAUAACUUCAGCACUUGUCAAUCUGACAGGUCUAGAUAUAAGCAUAUAGUUGAAUGACAAAUCAAAAUGUCAAAACCUUUCCUAUUAGAUAAUGUGCCACGCUACAAGAAACAUUGAAUUCGCCGAUACAACUAUAUUUUCUCUUUGAAUUAUUGCCUAAAUUAUAGUGAGUUUGAGUAUCUUUUCUCUAUUAUGUUGCUAAAUAUAUAUUUCACUUUCAGUGCCAUACAGUUGUAAAAAACAGAGUUCUUUGGUCAGCUAUUAAAACUAAAAAUUAUAGAAAACACUGAAAAGUAAGAGAACUGACCUAACCUAUAUUAUACUUAUUUAACUAUUCUAAUCUUAUUCUAGUUUUGAAGCAUCGCUGGAUUAAAGUGCUAUCAAAAAUCAGUUAGUUUUUCUUCUCCGCUGAUCGAAA